AUGAUGGGCGACGGUCUUCGAGCUCGAAUCUAUCGACACGAAGCUCCGCUCUUUCUCGCUAAAACAUACCUUGGCCUCGUCAGCGACUUGACGUGGGAUCCGAAUCGAGCAAGCCCGAUUGGCGACUCCCCACGAGAACUUAUCAGCUUGGCUGGUCUCGUGACGCCCUGUCAAUCGACGCAAGUUGUCUUGUCCACCGUUUGGAUCGUACACCUUCAUAGCCUCCAAAUGCGUCUUCUCCAACCCUUUCAUCGCUUCGAAGAUUGCUGUGAGACCAUUCGGUUUGCGCAUUUCCGACGUGGAGAAGUUUGUGUGACAUCCAGCGCCAUUCCAAUCACCCAUUGUGACUUUUGGCUUGGGAUCGAGCGAGAUACAAACUCCGAACAUCUCAGCGACACGGUGGAGAAUGUAUCUGGAGAUCCAGAGCUGAUCUCCCAUAUCGAUUCCUUCGCAGGUUCCAAUCUGGUAUUCCCAUUGUCCUGGAGUUACUUCCGCGUUUGCACCGAAGAUGUUAAUACCGGCAUGAAGGCAUGCGCGGUAGUGAGUCUCGACGACUUCACGUCCGAAAGCACGGUCGGCGCCAACACCGCAGUAAUACUUUCCUUGUGGUGCUGGGUAACCAUGCUUCGGCCAUCCGAGUGGAUGCUCGUCUCUGUCGACAAUCAGCUGUCGUCCCAGUUUGCAAGCAUGGGAAAAGGAGAAUGGACGGAGUCAUCAGAUGAAAGGAGUGUGGGAGUGCGAGAGACGCAGAGAAGUAAUUUCUUAGUGACGCAAACUCUCACAGAGAAGAAGAGACCCCUGUGCUCACCUGUUGGCUUCAUCUCGUUAUCCAAAGUGUCGCACAUCACCAAUACAUUGUGUCCUCCCGAAAACGGAUCAGGAAACACGGCGACCGGUCUCAAGUAG